AUGAAGCUGACCAUCUUCCUCGCGGGGCUUGUCUCAGCCCAAAUACCUACUUUUGCCCCUCCUGGGCCUGAUGACGUCCGAGGUCCGUGUCCGGGUCUCAACACCUUGGCCAACCAUGGUCUAUUACCACGAAGUGGGAAGAACAUCACACAGGCCGACCUUGUCACCGCAAUGCGCCAGGGUGUGAACCAAGACGAGAGCAUUUCGGUCCUGCUCUUCCGGGCAGCAGCACAGACAAACCCGAGCAAAGACAAUGUGACAUUUUCCUUGCCUGAUCUCGGCAGCCACAACAUUCUGGAGCACGAUGCUAGCUUGAGUCGUCAAGAUGCCUUCUUCGGUGACCCGAAUCCCUUCAACCAGACGAUCUUCGACGAAACACUCGCGCAGUGGACGGAGGAUACGAUCAGCGUUAACACAUCCGCAAAAGGCCGGGCCGCUCGCAUCCGCACAUCCAACGCGACUAAUCCUGAGUUUGGCCUGUCUCGGCUUGCCCAAGCGUUCACUACUGGCGAGUCCGUGGCGUUCAUCAUGGUCUUCGGAGAUGUGCAGACUGGCGUUGCUCCCAAGGCUCCUGUGCAAUUCUUUUUCGAGAAGGAGCAGUUUCCUCCAGGCUACGCACCGCCGGCAAAUGUGGUGACAAAUACAAAUUUGCAAGACCUGUCUCAAAGACUCGGCCAAGCCCUGGUGGCGGAAGGUGUCAAUAUUAGCACUUUGGCAAGACCAAGGCGACGAGAUGUUCAUGGCGGGUUCUGGUGA